AUGGUCUCUUGUGACACUUGGAUCAAUCCUUUCAUUCGAUAUCGAAUUACUCAGAACUCACUCAAGGAGAUGCAAGAAGAUCUAGAUAUGGAGUUGGGACAGUUUGAUGACGUCGAUGUUCAGGUCGGCACGACCUUGAAGGAGACCAUGACCUUGUUCAACGAGGAUCACUAUCGUACUCCCGAAAAGAAGACUCUAUUGAAACUAUCGGAUUGUCAUACUCCGCUCCGACUUCCAAAAUUUUUAAAGAUUCGAGUAUACUGGGCAAGAUUGCUAGGUUGGUGA